ACUUCACUCAUGGCGGGGAGCCUGAGCUUCUCGUCCGCGCUGCUGCUCCUGCUCAACAUGGCGAGCGCGUUGCUCGCCCCUUCCGCUCUUCCCCGCGCCCCGGCCUCCGUGGGCGCCACCGCCGACGGCGGGGACGGGGACAUCGACUUCUUCUUCUUCCCGUUCCUAGUCUUCUACAAGAGCGGCCGCGUCCAGCGCUUCAUGGGCACGGACACCGUGCCGGCCUCCACGGACCCCGCCACCGGCGUGGACUCCAGGGACGUCGUCGUCGACGCCGCCGCGGGCCUCGCCGUGCGCCUUUACCUGCCUAGUCUCGCCACCAACUGUACGGGCACGACAGUGACGGACGACGACGGCUGUGGAAGGGGAAGACUGCCGCUGCUCGUGUUCUACCACGGCGGCGCGUUCGUCACGGAGUCGGCCUUCUCGCCGACGUACCACAGGUACCUGAACGCGCUGGUGUCCAGGGCCCGAGUGCUCGCCCUGUCCGUCGAGUACCACCUCGCUCCCGAGCACCGCCUCCCGACGGGGUACGACGACGCGUGGGCGGCGCUCCGAUGGGCGCUCACUAACGCGAGGUCCGGGCCCGAUCCCUGGCUGUGGCGCCACGCCGACCUGGCGCGGCUGUUCCUGGCCGGCGACAGCGCCGGCGGCAACAUCGCACACAACGUGGCCCUGCGCGCAGGCCAGGAGGGCCUGGAUGGCGGCGCCACCGUCCGGGGCCUCGCGCUGCUGGACCCCUACUUCUGGGGGAAGCGCCCUGUGCCGUCGGAGACGAGCGACGAGGACACGCGGCGUUGGCACGAGCGGACGUGGAGCUUCGUGUGCGGCGGGCGCUACGGGAUCGACCACCCGGUGAUCAACCCGGUGGCCAUGCCGCGGGAGGAGUGGCAGCGGCUCGCGUGCGCGCGCGUGCUGGUCACCGUAGCGGGGCUGGACAUGCUCAGCGCGAGGGGCCGUGCGUACGUCCACGCGCUCAAGGCAAGCGAGUGGCGCGGCGACGCGGAGCUGUACGAGACGCCCGGCGAAUAUCACGUCUACUUCCUGGACAAGCCAGACAGCGAGAAGGCGGCGAAGGAGAUGGACGUUGUAGUGAACUUCAUCAAUGGCGGUCAAGUGAACAAACCAGCUUCAAGAAUGCUCACCUGAUGGUGCUUAUUUUGAUAGGUUAAUUGUUAUAAGUGCCACUGCACUGGUGUCAGUUGGCUAUCUUGUAAAAUGCGGUGGGAUUAUUUCAUCAAGCUAUGAAAUAGGCUUUUCAUAA